AUGAUAUCCGCGCGCGGUGCUACAUCCGUGGGGUUACAGCCGUGCACCCUGCAACUGGGCCGCCCGGGCUACAGCGAGAGCCUUUCGAGCCGGCAAUUUACCUUGCACCGGUCGCUCACGGAGCAGAAAGCAUUCCGCGGAGCUACAGCCCCGCGCGGAACAGUCUCCGCCAGAAAGGCUGUUCUGGUCUCCGCCACCCGCGACGGCGGCGGCGGAGGUGCUGGCGGUAACGGAGGGGACGAUGUGACGGAAUGGUGGGAGCGCGAGGAGAGACGCUGGGAGCGCGAGCAGCAGCGGUGGGAGCGGGAAGAGCUGCGGUGGGAACGCGAGGAAGCGCGGUGGACGCGCGAACGCGCUUCCCUCGAAUCGGAGAUAGCGGCGCUCAAAGCGGAAGUCGAAUCUCUCCGCGCCGCGCUUACAAGCGCGGGGGGAGGGGGGCUGACGCAGAGCUCCCCCUCUCUCCUCCCCCAGGCGCAGGCGCAGCUGGCGGAAGCGGUUGGCGGGGGGAUGGGCGGAGGAGUAGGGGGAACUGGGGGACUGGGGAGUGAUCUAUCGAAGCAGCAGCUGCUGGUGCUGCUGCGGGGGCUAACGCACCUGCUACAGAUAACGACGGAUAGCCACCGAGCCAGCGAGGUAGCCACGUCAGCAGCAAUUGCCACGUCAUCAGGAGUGAUUGCUGGCGCAGGAGCGGAGAGCCUGCUACAGCUGUUGGGGCCAACAGCUUCAGCUACGGGCAAUGCUACAGCCGGAGCUACAGGUGGAGCUACAGCCGUUGAUGGAGUUAGAUCUACGGCUGGCGUUGCAGGAGCAACUGCAGAGGAAAUCCUGAGGAACGUUCCCGAUGCUGACAUCAUCGCGGCUGUAGCGUCGCGCACGGUGAACCCGCUCCCUGCUGACGUGGAUGAGGGCGGCGCUGACGUGGCAGUGGCUACACCGGGCGCAGGGAAGCAGGAGGAAGGAGCGAGGAAGGGUCAGCGGAAGCUGAAUCGGGGACUGUAUGGAGAUGACGUGGCUCAACUGCAGGCUGCAUUGGCCCGGCAGGGGUUCUACUGUGGGGAGGAGGACGAGGAGGAUGAGUUUUUUGGCGCCAACACCGAGAGUGCUGUCAAGACGUGGCAGGCUCGCAUAAGUUCCGCCCUGAUGAACCUCACGGGCAACUCCCCGAUGCGGCUCUCUUCCUUCCAGUACUCGCUCCUAAAGGUGAAUCUUUGCUUCCCAUGCGCAUGUAGUGAGGCGAUUUUUGAGGUGCCUACAAAAAGGCAACUCCCCGAUGUGGCUCUCCUCCUUCCAAUACUCGCUCCUGAAGGCAACCAUGCAGCUUCAGCAAGGUAUUGUCAAACGGGGCCUCUUCUCUCCCUCACGCCUUUCCCCUUCCCCCCUUCUCACCUCGUCAACCUUCCCCCCCCAUCCUCCCAUCUUCAGGCGACCGCAACCAUGCGGCUUCAAGAAGAUGGCAUCGUCACACCGGGCCUCUUCUCUCUCCCACCCCUUCUCCCCGUCCCCCCUUCCCACCUCGUCUCCCUUCCCCUCCCCCAUGCUUCCAUCUCCCUCCAGGCAACCAUGAAGCUUCAAGAAGACGGUAUCGUCACACCGGCCCUCUUCUCUCUCCUCGUUGGCAAUCCCAGACCAGCUGCCGAACCAGCUGCCGAACCAGCCACCAAACCGGCUCCCGAACUUCCCGCAAAGCCGUCAACCGAGCCCUCCUCUUCAUCCUCCUCACAAGUGUCCCCCCGCGCCCCCCCUGCCACCCGGGAAAAGAGAGAGAUUGAGAGAUACGCGAGGAGUGAUCUAGAGAUGGGGCAGAGGCGGGUGUUUCUUCUGGGGGAGAAUCGCUGGGAGGAUCCGAAUACGUUGAUUGGUCGAGGCGGGGAGGAGGUGGAGGGGAAGGAGGAGGGCGGGGAGGAGGAGGAGGAGGAGGAGGAGGAGGAGGAGGAGGAGGAGGAGGAGGAGGAGGAGGAGGAGGAGGAGGAGGAGGAGGAGAGGGGGGAGGUGGAGGGGAAGGGGAAGGGGAGAGGAGGGAGGGAUUUGGUGGAUGUUAAGGGGAAGGGGAAGGGGAAGAAGGGGAAGAAGGGUGGGGAUGGGGGUUUGAAGCCUGUUGUUGUCUCGUGCUACCAGUGCAGAGGGGAGCGAAACGUCGUCUGCAUGGGCAUUUGUGUGGGGGUGCUUGAGGUUGGUAUAGGUUGGAGCUGUUGCUGUCUCGUGCUACCAGUGCAGAGGAGAGGGCAACGUCGUCUGCAUGGGUGCGCUGAGUGUGAGGGCAUUGGGGACCUUAACAUUGAGGAACAGCUUACACCACUCCCCCUUGCCAACUCCCUCUUGCCUUUCCUUGAUCUCUCACCCCUGUCUCUAUACCUUGCACUCCACUCCCUUGUCGCUUCCCAUUGCAGAGUGUGA